AUGAGGAUAAUAGCCGGCGAUCCGGGGGGAGAGAUCACCCCCAUCAUCAUCAUCAUACUACUCCUCCUCAGUGCUCUGUAUACCGGACCGGGGGAUGGUCUCUUCGUCACCGACUACUUCACUCGGACCCCCCGGAAGCUGAAUCCAUUCCGCUCGGUGGGCAGCAUUGAACUUUUCCACUUCCAUAUUCCGGAAGGAGGACACGGUUAUUGCUGUGUGGAACCUCAUUACCUUCAAGGAGCAGGGGGGGGGAACCUUCGGUGACAACUGCCCUGACCGCAGUGUCACAGUAUACUUCAGGCCUGGCGGCUCCACCUGUUAUCAACCCAUUAAAUGCUCACUUCCCACGAGACACCGCUGUACCCGGCUCAUUCACACUCACGCUCACCUGGACCCUUCCAAACAGAACCACUGAGUGUUUAAUGUCACAAGUCCUCUUCCUGGAGAUUGGUUCCUAGCCGCCCACCUACCCAAAGAUAAUGGGAAGAUCACAAUUAAGGAAUUCCCCAUCUCUGAUAUCACUCCAUCUAAUCGUCUCUCUGUGUAUGCAGGGUUUACACGAUGAAUGCCCAGUCCUGUAUCCCGGAUACGUUACGGAGCAGAUGCUUCCUCCACACAAUCGCUCUGCUCUCUACAAAGUCUUCAUUCCUCAGUUCACCUCGGGAUUGCGGGUCAGUCUCCUUGGUUGCCGUACUGGUGUACGCACUGCUGACAGUUGCCCUCUCCUGCUAAGAUUGCGUGCCAAAGCCCCUCCUCUGCACAAUUCUUCCAGCCAAGAUUGUACGUCCUCCUCUGUAUGUCAGCUCCUCCUGGCACUGCCACUCUGGCAGCACUGGUAUUACGUGUUGGUGGAGCGGACAGGAAUGGCGGGCACUGCUAUCUAUUUCCAGCUGACUACGCAGCUACAAGACUGUUCUCGGCCUGGGCUCUCCCGUGGGCCCAUCGCUCCCAGUUCCUCCUUAAACAUGCCUCAGUCUUUUGGAGCAGCAGGUGGAUUGGCUUCCUUAGAAGGCCUCCCAGCCCCUGGAGUCUCUCUGUCAGCAGGGAACAUGUCUUGGGGUAACGCCACCAUCCUCCAGCCAUCUUGUUGGCCCAUACGGCCCACCCUGAGAAACGAGCUGGACACGUUCUCAGUUCAUUUCUACAUAUUCUUCGGACCCAACGUGUCAGUUCCACCAGACCGUCCUGCCGUGUUCAGUGUCAAUCUUCUACCUGUACUGGACAGUGGAGGGGUCCUCAACCUGGAAGUCCGUCUCAAUGUUUCUUCUGUCCAAGGAGAGAACGUGACAGUCUUCGGGUGUCUAAACCAUGGAGUCCCACUGAUCCUCGGUGACAACUCCUCCAUCACCUGUCAGACAGACUCCCUCUCUGGAUUCUCUCUGUCUGUGAAUAGCAGCAACUCGGUCAGCCGCCUCCGGAUCCCUUACCCCCAGACUGGCACUUGGUAUCUAAGUCUACGCUCUAUGUGUACCUCCCAGCACGGGUGGCGGCCAUGUCACAACGUCAGUGCUGAGCUGAACCUGCGCACUUUCCUCUCGCCAUGUAUUAAUGAGUGCGGAACAUAUGGACAGUGCAAACUGCUGAGGACCAACAACUACCUCUACGCUGCCUGCGAGUGCCGAGCAGGGUGGAGCGGAUGGGGAUGUACGGAUAACAGCCAAGCCUUCACAUACGGUUUCCAGCUCCUUUCCACCCUCCUCCUGUGCCUCAGUAACCUGAUGUUCCUUCCACCCGUCCUCAUCGCCUUCCGGGGUCACUACCUCCUAGAAGCCUCCGUCUACAUCUUCACCAUGUUCUUCUCCACGUUCUAUCACGCCUGUGACCAGCCUGGAAUUGUGGUCUUCUGUAUCAUGGAGUAUGACGUGCUGCAGUUCUGCGAUUUCCUCGGCUCUCUCAUGUCUGUGUGGGUGACGGUAAUCAGUAUGGCCAGACUGCAACCAAUCAUCAAACAGGUUUUGUACCUGCUGGGGGCGAUGUUGCUUUCAAUGGCUCUUCAGCUGGAUCGUCAUGGCUUGUGGAACCUGUUGGGGCCCAGUCUAUUCGCAGUGGGGAUCAUGGCCGUCGCCUGGACAUUCAGGACGAUCCGGAGACGCCACUGUUACCCCCCAACAUGGAAACGAUGGCUCUUCUACCUCUGCCCAGGGACCCUCAUCGCCAGUUCUGCCGUGGCACUGUACGCCUUUGUCGAGACGGAGGAAAACUACUUCUACAUCCACAGCAUCUGGCACAUGCUAAUUGCCGCAGCGUUGGCUUCCUCCUUCCACCACGUGCCAAACCAGAUGGGAGAGUGGCGCCCCUGGCACGCAGAAAAGGCUGUGGGUACCAGUUGUGUGUUAACGAGCAAGAGGAACUGGGUCUGGUAGACCCUGGAUCGGUUUCUAUAAACAGCAUCUGCACCAGUUGA